AUGGGGCUUGAGUAUCUCUGGGUCGAUGCCCUUUGCAUACUUCAAGACAACCCGCAUGACAAAGCGACUGAGAUUGGGCGCAUGUCAUCGUAUUAUGGUGCCAACACCGUGACGCUUCUGGCAGCAUCAGCUUCGGCGGCCAAUCAAGGCUUCUUGGAACCUCGCAGCGACCGAGGAAAGCAUGCAGUUGGUCCCUUUCGAUUUCCGUACCGAACAGCAAGUGGCGAGCUCGGAUCUGUUCUGCUGUAUAACGAGCUCGGCCCCGACGCGGAGCCAAUCGCAACACGUGGCUGGACGCUCCAGGAAUCGCUGCUCAGUCAUCGGAUGGUGAUCUUCUCGUCCCAACAGCUCUUCUGGCGAUGCCAUGCAUCGGGCGUUGGCAGUGGUGGCUCUCUGGACGACUUUGCCUUCAGAACUAUAUCACAUACCAAUGUGUUCCGAGCCACAAGUCCGCUACCUGCAACGCCCGGUUGGGAUGAUUGGAUGGGCAUCAUCAAGGGUUACAGUCGGCGGUCUCUGGGUGUUCCAUCAGACAAACUUUCUGCCGUCUCGGCAAUCGCCGAGGAGUCCAUCAAGAGACUCUCACGCCACCUUGAGAGGCCGAUACGCUACCUUGCUGGCUUGUUCCAUGAUGCCGAGUACCCAGAGGUGCUGAUGUCACAGCUUUUAUGGGCCGCAUUGAGACCUGAAGACAUGACCCCAUAUUGGCAUCGUAGUGUCAGCAGAGACUGCAAUUAUCGGGCCCCAUCGUGGAGUUGGGCAUCAGUUGAUGGGCCCCUCACUCAUGUUACGGUCGGUAGCAUGUUCUUCUACAGUGGAAGCUGUGUGAAGUCACAACUUCUGACCGUCGAGGUCCAGACCACCUAUCCAACAGUUCCUUAUGGAAUGGUUUCGGACGGCUACCUUGAGGUGAAGGGCCCGUUGAUGACUUUCGGGACCGAUAGCAUGGGAUUCAAGAAACUGCAACCGUUUAUGAUAAUCGAGCAGCCAGAUGAAUGGCAACCUUCGGAAAAAACUUUGUCUUUGAGCCCGGAUACAGAGGAGGCGAAAAGGCGGCUCGAAUCCAUGUUGGACGGAUCGCUUGAGGAGCCACUCAUGUUACUCACUCUUCUAACGAGUGCGCGAGACGCCGAGCGGGCUUUGGGUCUGGUUCUCAGAUCAGUCGCGGCGGGAAAAGAUGAAGAUCGUCCUGCCAUCUGCUACAGGCGCAUAGGUGUAUUCGUGAUGAAGCUUGGCGUUAGCAGUGGCCAGGAUGAUUCGCCCGAACAACAAGCUGUUGAAGCUUUCUUGGAUCAAGGACAUGAAAAUACCCUCAGGCUCGUGUAA